GCGGUGUUUGCGGGAUACAAACGUUCGCAGCGCAAUCAACACGAGCACACGGCACUUCUCAAAUUGGACGGUGUCUACAACAAGAAGGAUGCUCAGUGGUACGUUGGCAAAAGAGCCGUAUAUGUGUAUAAGGCACACAGUUCAAGCAAGGUCCCCGGGAAAACGCCGAGUCGUGCACGCGCCAUUUGGGGAAGGAUAACACGAGUGCACGGCAAUGGUGGCAUGGUGAAGGCGAAAUUUCGACGAAAUCUCCCGCCAAGUGCUAUGGGCAAACGCAUCCGUGUCGUAUGUGCUUUUUUUUGA